AUGGAAUCGGCUGCUAAAUCAGUAGAUGAAGUGUUGGAAGAGAUAAUGAGAAUUCAUAGGUCGCUUCCUCCACGACCUGGAAUUGAUGAUGUUGAAGGUGCCAGCAUACUAAUCCGAAACUUGGAAAACGAAGAACAAGCGAGGGUCGAAGCUUUAUCUAAGCAAAAGAAGCGAAAAGAUGUUCCUGAACAAUUAUUUGCUGUGUUGGUAGAGAUGCAGAAGAGUUUAGUCCGUUUCCAGAGUGAAGAACAGAAGAGGGAAGCGAUUAAACUGCUGGAUCUUGAAAACUGCCACCGGUUGUUCGACAAUAUGAUUCAGAGAGCUUCCAGUUGUUGUGGUCCGUCCUCUAAGGAUAAUACUACCCAAUCAAUUGCAUCAACUUCGACCACUCCUUUGUCUUCCUUCUCCACUUCAAAUUUUAGUUACGCUUCACCAAAACCAAUUUCUAGUUUAUACAAUGACAUUGAGCCUGUCAAAACUUCUGAGUUGUUCACUAGAGAUGAUAGCUAUGUGAGCAAAUCUAAAUCAAUAUUCAAUGGCGAUGGGAUAAGAGCAGGCCAUCGAUCAAGUGAUGUUUUAAGGCCCCAGAUUGUGGAUUCCACUCUAAAACCUGCUACUACUUCCGGCCAAGCUGAUGCACAAUUGAAUCUUAUGAAGCUUGCUAGUCUGAUUGAAGUAUCUUCGAAGAAAGGAACUAAAGAUCUAAAUCUUCGGAAUAAAUUGAUGGAUCGAAUUGAAUGGCUUCCGGAUUCAAUAGGGAAGUUAUCCAGUUUGAUCACAUUGGAUCUAUCAGAAAAUCGGCUUGUUGCAUUACCAUCUUCCAUCUCAGGCCUUUCAUCCUUGACAAAAAUAGAUUUGCAUUCUAACAAAAUUGUUGAACUCCCAGAAUCUUUUGGGGAUCUUCUCAGUUUGGUUCAUCUUGAUCUAAGGGGAAACCAGUUGACAUCUCUUCCUGAUACCAUCAGUAGAUUGAUUUGUCUUCAAGAGCUUGAUUUAAGCUCAAACAACCUCUCAGUGCUACCUGAGUCAGUCGGUUCACUUGUCAAUCUACAAAAACUGAACAUUGAGACCAACAAUAUUGAAGAAAUCCCACAUAUUAUUGGCCGCUGUUUAUCACUCAAAGAGCUUCUUGCGGACUACAACAAGCUUAAAGCGCUACCAGAAGCGGUAGGAAAACUCGAGUCCUUGGAAACCCUCUCUGUUCGAUACAAUAACAUUGGCAGGUUGCCAACCACCAUGUCAUCCCUUACAAGUUUAAAGGAGCUUGAUGUAAGUUUCAAUGAACUCGAAGCAGUGCCUGAGAGCUUAUGUUUUGCUACUACCAUCGUAAAAAUCAACAUCAGCAACAACUUUGCUGACCUAAGAUCCCUGCCAAGGUCCAUUGGGAACCUUGAGAAUUUGGAAGAUUUGGAUAUGAGCAACAACCAAAUAAGAGUCCUUCCAGACUCUUUUAGGAUGCUAUCAAAGUUACGGGUCUUGAAAACUGAAGGGAACCCUAUUGAAGUACCACCGCAAGAUGUAUUCCACAAAGGCGCUCAGGCUGUUGUUCUGUAUAUGGAUGAACUCCAUCAGAAUAAGGAUGUGAAGGUUCAACCAGUCAAACAGAAGAAAUCUUGGACUCAGAUCUUCUUUUCAAUGUCUCAUAAACGCAAGAGAAUCACUUUGACAACCUGAACCCCUCAUUUGCACCAGAUUAAACUAAUGUUCAUGAGAUACUGAGCUGUCCUUGGCUGGCUGGAACAAACUUAAGUUUAUUGAUGGAUCUAAACAAAUUCCUCAAAUUGAUUCUUCAAGUAUGCUUCUUCUCAUUCCCUUUACAGAUAUUUUAUUACUGUAUAAUAUCUUGUUCAUUAGUUAUUGUGAAGAAAGACAUCAAACGAUCAACGAGUCACUGCAUCAAUCUUCAACGACCAACACAAAGUGAUCGUUGUUGGAUUUCUGCAGUGACUUGCUGAUCGUAUACUCCCUCUAUUUAUUUCAUUUAUUUGUUGUAUAAAUCUGUAACAACGUAUUUAUUUGAACGUAACACGUUCCUUUGUUGUUGUACUCGUUCAAUUUACUGGGGAAAGAAGGAAAUAAUUACAGGAGGCCUGGUGUUAUUUCUUUUUGGCUUUUGCAUAGCUUGAAGUGUAUGUUACUAAAUUCUACAGGUAGUUUAUUAGUUACAACCUAACAACGAGCAAUAAAAAUAUAAUGGAUAGUGUAAAACGAUGAAAUAUGUAGACGAAUGUUGGUGUAAUCCUAUUUGGUUUAUGUUAAAUAUGAAAACAGGGU